AUGAUGAAGGCAGCGAAUGGUGACGACAUGGUGAAACAGAUGACACACCGUAGCAUGCUGCAGAGCACGCUGGAAGGCGCGAACGGCGAAGGCAUGGUGGCAGAAACAGCCAGUGGGAAGGUCAAAGCGAGGAUUGCGCAAGAGACGGCCAGCUGUGAUCCUGCCUGUGCGGCGUUGCGUUGUGAGCCUGUUGGCGGCAAAUGCGAGAGUGCACAAUGCUCUGGAACUCUUUCCUCUGGCCUACCUCCUGUCCCUCUCACUUCUCUGGAACUCCACAUGCACCGCACUUUCAACUAUCCCCCAUUCAUGCUUAUCCCACCGUCUCUCUGCCCUGUUUCCCUCUCCCUUGCUUUCCCCCUCUGCCUUGCUUCUUCCCUCUGCCUUGCUUCUCCCCUCUACCUUGCUUCUCCCCUCUGCCUUGCUUCUCCCCUCUGCCUUCCUUCUCCCCUCUGCCUUGCUUCUCCCCUCUGCCUUGCCUCUCCCGUCUGCCUUGCUUCUCCCUCUGCCUUGCUUCUCCCCUCUGCCUUGCUUCUCCCCUCUGCCUUGCCUCUCCUCUCUGCCUUGCUUCUCCCUCUGCCUUGCUUCUCCAUCUGCCUUGCUUCUCCCCUCUGCCUUGCUUCUCCCCUCUGCCUUGCUUCUCCCCUCUGCCUUGCUUCUCCCCUCUGCCUUGCUUCUCCCCUCUGCCUUGCUUCUCCCCUCUGCCUUGCUUCUCCCCUUUGCCUUGCUUCUCCCUCUGCCUUGCUUCUCCCUCUGCCUUGCUUCCCCCCUCCUCUUUGCUAA